UCAACAGAAAUAUUUCAGUGUGGUGGAGAACUGUUUCGUAAGAGGCUCCAAGCUGUUCUGUCUAAAAAUCGAGCACAAAAACGUGAUUUAGUAGUUUUAUUUCUUGAUUUGGAAACGAUUAUGCAAAUAGGACGUUUAGGAAAAAUAGGAAUCGGCUGGGGAAUUAUCACGGUACUGGGGAUUGCUGGUUUUGUCUAUUCAAAACGAUCCGUCGAUAAAAAUCGCUAUGAGAAUAUGAAAAUACGUGAACGCAUGAGGAAAUCCAACGAAGGCGAAUAUUCCGUAGAAUUUCCCCGACGAUACUAA